UGCAGCCGGCGAGAUGGCGUUCAGUGACGGCAAGCCGGGUUGCGUGUUCGACCACCAUGUCCAGACGGCCGUGUGUGAUUCGCGGGCCAAAUACCGGGAGAGCCGACGCCCUCGUGCGGUCAAGGUAUAUACAAUCAACUUGGAAUCUCAGUACUUAUUAAUACAAGGCGUGCCUGCAGUGGGGGCCAUGAAAGAAUUAGUUGAACGAUUUGCUCUGUAUGGUGCGAUUGAACAGUAUAACGCUCUAGAUGAAUACCCAGCGGAAGAUUUUACAGAAGUUUAUCUCAUUAAAUUUGUGAAAUUACAAAGUGCAAGGAUAGCUAAGAAAAAGAUGGAUGAACAGAGUUUCUUUGGUGGGCUACUUCAUGUGUGCUAUGCUCCAGAAUUUGAGACAGUUGAAGAAACUAGACAAAAGUUAGAAGAAAGAAAGGCUUAUAUUGCAAGAGCUACAAAAAGCAAAGAUUAUUACUUGACAAAGAAGAAACUGGUUCCAGAGCAAAAAGGAACAAAAGAUUCUAGACAAGAUUUUUAUUCACAUAUACCUGGAUUUUCUACAGCUGCUUUGAACACUUCUCCUGAGAAUUCAAGUCCUUGUCUUCCUUAUUCUUGUGAAUUGCCUUUGUGCCAUUUUACCUCCCAAACCACUUGUUUGCCUGGGGACCAUGUGGACGGAGCAUCAAACUCCUGUAGCAGCAGCAGGAACCAUGGUGAACUAUCAGAGCACUGUAACUACAGUGCCUUUUCUCCAGAACUACAGAUGAGUACUUACAAAAAUGCACUACCUUGCUCUAGUAUGCAAGAGGCUGUUACCACCUCAGAGUCAGUCGGCAGAUUCAUGCCUAGGACAACACAGCUGCAGGAAAGGAAAAGAAGGAGAGACUGUGAUCGUGAACUCGGAACUUUUUCUGAAACAAACACAAGCAGUAACGCGGUCGUGAUUGGACCUAAGUUACCAGCUCUUCCCACAGUGGAUCUGCAGGAUGACUCCUUGAAUACCACGGCAAACUUAAUUCGGAGUAAACUUAAAGAGGUGAUUUCAUCUGUGCCAAAGACUCCAGAGGAAGAUAUGUCUACAAGUCACCCACGAAAACAAAGAAGAAGAAUAUAGCUUGCCAGCAAAAUUCAUCCUAGGGAAUCCUGACAGCAGGAAUAAAACACAGGACAUGGACAUUACCCUGAGGGGGUUGCAGACCACAGCUAUUGCUGUGCAGAGCUGCGGAUCCGCACACUUCCCAAUGCCCAGCAUUCCUUUGAUUUAGAAUUGUCUUCGGCCCGCUCUCACUUCCCUCUCCUCAGUCAUGAAGACCAGAGGGAUAUUCACGUCUGGGCUGUUAGGGCGUGUUGAGCUUCAUCCUCACUCUCUUAUAGUGGAGCACACACUUUCUUCAGUGAAAAGGCGACAAACGACACCAAAAUGACACAUGCGUACAUUCGGGGCCCGUUUUCUGCUGAGCUCACACAGGCGCAGAAACCUUAGUCAGUGGGCCCUAGUGGCUGUUCUUAGCUGGGCUGUAACAGUUGAGCAUGACAGACUCAGUAAAGGCAAUGGGUCACAACUGGGUCUCCCAAUUUAUCUUUUGUGGGUUUUCUUCUAUUUUUUUACAUUUAUGCAUGCAUGCAAGCAUGCAUUUAUACUCAUAGAGGUCAGCAAACAACUUUCAGGAAUUGGUUCUUUCCUACUGUGUGUGCGUUUAGGUUGACAGGUGGCAAGUGCCCUCACCUGACGAACCAUCUUGCUGGCCCUCAUGAGGCAUUUUCACAAGGGUGUUGUAGAGAACACUGAUUUCAUCUGUUUGGUUAUUUAAGCGUUCACCUGUGAACAAUCAUUCCUGGAAGAAGCUCCAUCUACUAAGGCUGACUAAUGAGAACUCCAGUAAUUUUGGAAUAUUUGGAGUCUAGAGCCUAAUUACCUUGGACUAUCUUUAGCUACUUUAAAUGGCCAUUUAUUUUCUCCUCUGAAUGUGAUCUGACAUCCUGGUGACUAUUCGGUUAAUCCUUUGGAAUGUUUCCACCAGCUAAGAAUGUCACCUGUAACAAGUCCCCUGCUAUGCUGUGACCACCUACCCAAUGCUGCCACCAAUUUUAAAAGUGUUUGAUCUAUCUAUGACUUUGUGGUCACAAAUAUGCAAAUUGGGUAAACCUGAAUAUGUUCCCAGCUGUGGUCACUCUAUUUAACCAGCUCCAGAAAACACUCUCUUGUCCCUUUUAGGGUGCCGGUUCUAUCACUGCACCCACACACUAAGCACAGGAUUGAUGGCAUACACUAAGACAGUACUUGUUUCUUACAUUUCAUCUUCUCUUCAAAAGUUCCUCGGAGAAACACUGACAGUCCUUUAACCCACUCGUGCACAUUUAUGUAGUUAUCACUGUCUUUGUCAAGUACAUAGAACACUGAAAAGGAAAAGGAGUGAGGAAAAGGAGUGAGUGUAUUGUGAUCGUUUUAUAAGACACACACACAUUUAUAUAGAAGACUUUACUUACAAAUCAAGGAGGAACUGUUCUGGUGUUAGCUUUUGAAAGAAUCAAAAUUAUUGGUAAUGUGGGUUUUUCUCUUUAUUUCUAAAGCAGAAUAGUCAUUCCACACAAUGAGCAAUAAUGAUCCUCAUUUAUGGUGUUUGAUGUAGUUGCUAAAGCCAAGAAGAUCUAGAGCUAAUUAGUGACAUUUUAAUAAUCAAAAAUAAAACACUGUGAGAAACCUGAUGUAGUUUCCACGUCUCAAACUAAAUUACUCAUGUUAAACAUUAUUAAGUUCUUACAUGUUUCUCACUUGUGUGUGUGUGAGUGCACGAACAUGUACCAUGGCCUUGUGAGGAGGGCAAGGCCUUGUGGAACUGGCUCUCUUCCAUUUUAGGUUGGUUCUGGGGACUGCAGCUCAGGAAACCAGACUUGCUGACCUAUCU